AUGUUCGUCUUCAAGUCGCGCCUUCUCGGGCUCGCCCUGUUGGCCACGUUAGCAAGGGCAGACGCGACCGGCAGUGCAGAGGUCGACGUCGUCUUCCCGCGCAACGACACCUUUGAGCCCAUGCCUCUCAUGCCCGUCGUCUUCGCUGUCCAGAACCCCGCCGCCAUCGAGCAGCUUUACCCGACACUGGACUACAUGGUGGCCCCGUUGGACGCACUCAACGAAGGCAGCUUCGAGCGCCUCCGGAUCAGGUACCUUCCUCCCAACGAGACGACGGCGUUUCUGUACAAAGGAAUCCCCAGCCAGUUCAAUACGGAGCGCGUGUGGAAAUUUUCCUGGCAAUUGCGCUGGGUCAACUGCUCCACGUCGGAGAACGGCACGGCCUAUGACGAUGACGAUACGCUCAACGACUUUCACGGCUUUCACAGGCGCACGUAUUGGCCUCUGCAGAGCUUCAUCUUCACGACGCGCAAGGGCGGGCUUCAGCCAAACCUCACCACCAUCACCACCGGGGACGAUUGUGGCAAAACCCAGGCGCUCGGGUUUGACGUCAAGGAGUACCUUCCGGUCCCGGCAAAGCUGAGUGGCGAUGGAGUGACCUCUUGCGCGCUCCUGGCGAGCCCGGCACCCACCCCCAGCCCCUGCAAGGCCAGUAUCGAGUCUGAGGCCGCCUCGGGCAUCUCAUCGAGCCUUACCAGCACUGAAUGCCGCAGCGCCACUCCCGCGGUCAGCUGUCCGCCCAAGGACGACGGUGCGGCUGCUCCGGGUGCAGGCAGUCUGGUGGCGUGGUUGGCUGCCUGUUCAGCCUGGGUCAUGUACAAUCUCUAUUAG